AUGGUUAACAUAGAGCCAUCCUCUAGUGGAAAGAAAGAGGAGAAGAAAAAGAUGAAGAAGGAAUCAGUGUCGUUGAUGGGUUUGUUUAGCGCAGCUGAUAAAGUUGAUUACUUUUUGAUGUUCAUAGGCAGUUUAGGAACGUGUAUUCAUGGCGGUACGCUUCCGCUCUUCUUCGUGUUCUUUGGGGGACUGCUAGAUUCUCUUGGCAAUCUUUCUUCAGAUCCUAAUGCCAUAUCUUCCCGCGUUUCACAGAAUGCUCUGUAUUUGGUUUACUUAGGAUUGGUAAAUUUGGUAUCAGCCUGGAUUGGAGUUGCUUGUUGGAUGCAAACAGGGGAAAGACAAACAGCACGACUCCGUGUAGAUUAUCUCAAGUCGAUCUUAGCAAAAGACAUUACUUUCUUUGACACAGAAGCUAGAGAUUCAAAUUUCAUUUUCCACAUCUCAAGUGACGCCAUCUUGGUUCAAGAUGCGAUUGGCGACAAGACAGGCCAUGUUUUGCGGUACCUAUGUCAGUUCAUUGCCGGAUUUGUCAUCGGUUUUCUUUCCGUAUGGCAACUGACGCUGCUCACAUUAGCAGUGGUUCCAUUGAUAGCAAUUGCAGGAGGAGGGUAUGCAAUAGUCAUGUCCACUAUCUCAGAGAAAAGUGAAGCAGCUUAUGCUGAUGCUGGAAAAGUCGCUGAAGAGGUUGUGUCACAAGUGAGAACAGUAUAUGCAUUUGUAGGAGAAGAGAAAGCUGUAAAUUCUUACUCAAAUUCUCUAAAGAAAGCUUUGAAACUGAGUAAGAGGAGUGGUCUUGCUAAAGGGUUAGGAGUUGGAUUAACAUAUAGCCUCUUGUUCUGUGCAUGGGCAUUUCUUAUGUGGUAUGCAAGUCUUCUUGUACGCCACGGCAAAACCAACGGUGCAAAAGCCUUCACUACUAUCCUCAAUGUCAUUUACAGCGGAUUUGCAUUAGGUCAAGCCGCUCCUAGCUUAUCUGCUAUAACCAAAGGUAGAGUUGCUGCUGCAAAUAUAUUCAGAAUGAUAGGGAACAACAAUCUUGAAACUUCUGAAAGAUUAGAUGGUGGGACAACAUUGCAAAGCGUAGCUGGGGGGAUUGAGUUUCAACGAGUGUCUUUCGCAUAUCCUUCAAGACCAAACAUCGUUUUCGAGAAUCUUAGCUUCACAGUACGUUCAGGCAAGACAUUUGCAUUUGUCGGUCCAAGUGGUUCAGGGAAAAGCACAAUCAUAUCAAUGGUUCAACGUUUCUAUGAGCCCAAGUCAGGGGAGAUUCUCUUGGAUGGGAAUGACAUUAAGAGCCUGAAACUGAAAUGGUUGAGAGAACAGAUGGGACUAGUGAGUCAAGAACCUGCAUUAUUCGCCACAACCAUAGCUUCCAACAUUCUUCUUGGUAAAGAGAAUGCGAAUAUGGAUCAGGUCAUAGAAGCUGCUAAAGCAGCCAAUGCAGAUUCUUUCAUUAAAUCAUUACCAAAUGGUUACAAUACUCAGGUUGGAGAAGGAGGAACUCAGCUCUCUGGAGGACAGAAACAGAGGAUUGCUAUUGCUAGAGCGGUUCUAAGGAAUCCAAAGAUAUUACUGUUAGAUGAAGCAACGAGCGCUCUUGAUGCAGAAUCAGAGAAGAUUGUUCAGCAAGCACUUGACAAUGUCAUGGAACAAAGAACAACAAUCGUCGUUGCACACAGACUAUCCACCAUCCGAAACGUUGACAAGAUUGUUGUGUUGAGAAAUGGUCAGGUUAUGGAAACCGGUAGCCACUCAGAACUGAUAUCAAAAGGAGGAGAUUACGCAAAUCUUGUGAAUUGCCAAGAGACAGAACCUCAGUCAAUUAUGUUGGAAUCUUCUAAAUCUCAAAACGGAUCUUACAGUUCAAGAAGAGUUUUUAGUUCAAGGAGGACUUCAAGCUUUAGAGAAGACCAAGAAAAGACUGUACAAGAUUCAAAUGACGAAUGUUUAAGCUCAUCUUCGAUGAUAUGGGAACUAAUAAAGCUGAAUGCUCCAGAGUGGCCAUAUGCAUUUCUUGGCUCAGUUGGUGCAAUUCUUGCUGGAGCACAACCGGCACUGUUCUCCAUGGGGAUUGCUUAUGUGUUAACAGUGUUUUAUUCGCCUUUCCCUGAUGUGAUCAAGCGUGAAGUCGAAAAGGUAGCCCUUGUCUUUGUUGGAAUUGCAAUUGUAACAGCUCCUAUAUAUCUCCUCCAGCAUUACUUCUAUACACUUAUGGGAGAGCGUCUUACUUCUCGGGUUCGCUUAUCCUUGUUCUCAGCAAUUCUUUCGAAUGAGAUUGGGUGGUUUGAUUUUGAAGAGAACAACACUGGCUCGCUCACUUCAAUCUUGGCUGCUGAUGCAACUUUGGUGAGGAGUGCUUUAGCGGAUCGUCUCUCCACAAUAGUCCAAAACUUGUCUCUUACAGUCACAGCAUUAGCACUUGCCUUUAUCUACAGUUGGCGUGUCGCAGCUGUGGUAACUGCUUGUUUUCCUCUUCUCAUUGCUGCUUCACUUACCGAGCAACUGUUUCUAAAAGGCUUUGGAGGUGAUUACACAAGGGCUUACUCUAGAGCAACUUCAGUGGCGCGUGAAGCGAUUGUGAAUAUAAGGACCGUCGCUGCGUUUGGUGCUGAAAAGCAAAUCUCCGAACAGUUUACUUGUGAGCUAAGCAAACCCACCAAGAGUGCCUUUCUCAGAGGUCAUAUCUCUGGAUUUGGUUACGGUUUGUCGCAAUGUCUCGCGUUCUUUUCCUACGCUCUUGGUCUCUGGUACAUCUCGGUUUUGAUUAAGCGCAAUGAGACUAACUUUGCUGAUAGUAUCAAAUCUUUCAUGGUGUUGCUCGUCACGGCUUACUCGGUAGCGGAAACGCUUGCUUUGACCCCAGAUAUCGUGAAGGGCACGCAAGCACUCGGGUCAGUUUUUAGGGUUUUAGAUAGAGAGACUGAGAUACCUUCCGACCAGCCUAACUCAAGAAUGGUCACUACGAUCAAAGGAGAUAUAGAGUUUAGAAACGUGAGCUUUGCGUAUCCGGCGAGACCUGAUAUAGCGAUUUUCGAAAACCUAAACCUCCGAGUUUCAGCUGGGAAAAGUCUUGCGGUCGUGGGACCUAGUGGUUCGGGAAAGAGCACGGUGAUCGGACUGAUUAUGAGAUUCUACGAUACGGAAAACGGUACUCUCUGCAUUGAUGGGCAGGAUAUAAAAACCCUAAACCUACGUAGCUUGCGCAAGAAGCUAGCGUUAGUCCAGCAAGAACCAGCUCUGUUUUCAACAACCAUACACGAGAACAUCAAGUACGGAAACGAGAACGCGUCGGAGGCAGAGAUCAUCGAAGCCGCCAAAGCCACGAACGCGCACGAGUUCAUAAGCAAGAUGGGAGAAGGGUACAAGACGCACGUGGGUGAUAAGGGAGUGCAGUUAUCAGGUGGUCAGAAACAGAGAGUGGCUAUCGCGAGGGCGGUGUUGAAAGAUCCUUCAGUGCUUCUCCUUGACGAAGCAACGAGUGCUUUGGACACGAGCUCGGAGAAACUGGUCCAAGAGGCGCUAGACAAGCUGAUGAAGGGACGAACGACUGUGUUGGUGGCUCAUAGGCUCUCGACCAUAAGAAAAGCAGACACCAUCGCUGUCUUGCACAAUGGAAGAGUUGUCGAAAAAGGAAGUCAUAGAGAGCUUGUUUCCAAACCUGAUGGGUUUUAUAAACAGUUAACGAGUCUUCAACAAGUAGUGUAA